CGUUACUUUUUCGUUAACUCCGAAGCCCACCCAACCCAGUCCUUUCUUUCUCUCUCCUUUCCUAUCUCUGUAGUUUCAGCCGAUUCUUGGACAUCUCCGAUCGUUCCCCUGUUUUCUCAAAUGGUCCAUCGCUGUCACGAUGCCUUUCCAUUUCUCGUGGGUCACCAGACAGCAGGACACUCUAAGGAAGAAGACUGUGCAGGUGCAGGAGCAGGAGCAGGAGCAAGUGUAGAGACAGAGCAAUCAUCAAUUGAAACAGUGGAGAGAGAAGCAUCAAAGCCAGAAGCUGUAGAGAAACAGAGUUGAGCAAAAGCUUUAAGGUGAAUAUUAUUUGAGGAAUUAAAUCUAACACCUGCUG